GGUGCAUCUGCGAAUCUCAGGCAGCGGCAUCACAAGUCUGCUGUUGCGAGACAGAUGAAAUGACAUAGCGACGGGAUCCGCAAACGUUACGUUGACACCUGGAUCAGAUUGUGUCAUUGUUGUCUAUCGUCGGUUUCCCGUGUUUUAAUUAGCCGUGUACUGAAACUGGCUAGAUCGCAGGCUAGUCACCAAUGCUCUUAGUGAGCUGCCCUCACCUAGAUGUCGAUGUAACUUGCUGCAAGCUAGCGUUAGCUCGCUGCUGCUACCCUUCAGACAUUGAAGUCGCCACAUAAACAUGCGGAUCAUCGAGGCGGAGACCCCUGGGACAUCUCUAACGUUAAACGCUUUCUGCAGGACACGAGUUUCGACUGGCCGCUGACUGGAGUCUGCAGAGUCUCUGUAGAGGGGAAAGAGCAACGGAUCUCAAGGACCAGAUUGCCCACUGAACUUCUUGCCUCUCCGACAGAUCACCAGGGACCAUGCUGGCCAUCCUAGCUGCUGGGUCUGUGUUCUUUCCAGGCCUUUUCCUGCUGUCCAAACAAUGCCUGAAGACAAUCCCAGCACUGAGGUGGAGUGAAGGAGAUGCAGUCAUUGUAUCUGCCAGGUUGGUGUCGUCAGUUCAGGCAGUCAUGGCUUCUUCAGCUGGCUACAUCAUUGCUUCUUCCUGCAAGGACAUCAUCGAGGACCAGCACUGGCUGACUUGCAGUUACAUCAUGUUUGCUGUUCCCUACUUCGUGUAUGACAUCUACGCAAUGUUCAUGUGCUACUGGUACAAGCUACAGGUCAAAGGGCACGAGGAGCCCUCGGCAGCACCCCAGCAUAUGAGCUCAGCUCUGACCAGCUACCUGCGUCGCGAGUUCCUCAUGGUGCUGCACCAUGUUGUCAUGGUCACCGUUUGCUUCCCCGUCUCUGUGUUUUGGCGAGAAGGAAAGGGAGAUUAUUUCCAGGGUAUAAUGUUCAUGGCUGAGCUCAGCACUCCGUCUGUCUGCUUAGGAAAAAUACUCAUCCAGUACAAACAGCAACACACUCUCCUGCACAAAGUGAAUGGGGCUCUUAUGCUGAUCACUUUUUUCAUCUGUCGAGUCCUCCUCUUCCCUUACCUCUACUACGUCUAUGGAAGGUACGCGUCCAUUCCCUUCCACAUGGUUCCCCUGUCGGUGCCCUGGCACUGUAACCUUGGCGCCGCUCUGCUCAUGGCCCCCCAGCUCUAUUGGUUCUCCCUAAUUUGCAGGGGCGCCCUGCGACUAUUCAUGGGCUCCUCCCGCUCUCAGAGACCACAUGCGAGCACAGCCGCCGGCAAGGAGCGGCAGACGGAUGGCAACACACUGCCCCAGCCUUCCAACGGCUACAGCGCGCGCUCCACAGAGCCCGAGCUGGCCACUCACUGAGAAGAGUGGAGGGGGAGGGUGGGGAGGGAACAG